GUCUCUCUUCUUCAUACGAAAUCAAAUCGGGUGUACCCCAGGGGUCGGUCCUCGGCCCACUUCUUUUUCUUGUCUAUAUAAAUGAUCUCCCUGGGGUACUUCCCCAACACCUACACAUAAAACUAUAUGCAGACGAUGCAAAAAUUUACGAGCACUUUGACAAUAAUAACUCCAAAUUAUUACAAAAAGGACUGAAUUCGAUAAAUAAAUGGAGUCAGGACUGGGCCCUUCCAAUAGCACAUGAUAAAACUUUUAUUCUUCAUAUCGGUAAAAAUAACACUGGUAUAAAAUACAAAAUUAAUGAUAUUAUCCUCCAAGAAACCUCAUCUAUUAGGGAUUUAGGUAUCGAAAUCACAAAAUCUCUCUCCUUUAAUUCCCACAUCAACAAAAUUGUUAAAAAUGCAUUCUACCGCUCCAUUCAACUUUUAAGGACUAUUCACUCAACCAACCCUAAAAUAUGGUCUAUUUCAUUUAAAUCCUAUGUUAGACCCAUACUUGAGUAUGGACCUGAAAUCUGGAAUCCGAUGACGAAAACACUUACUAAUCAAAUCGAAAAAGUUCAAAAGUUUUACACCCUUCAUGCUCUUAGAAAAUGUAAACGAUCCAAAAUCGCUUAUCAAGAUAGGUUAAAAAUUUUCGACCUAGAAAGUCUCAGUCUAAGACGUACUCUUUACGAUUUAACCUUGAUUUAUAAAAUUAUCAAUCACUUUACUUCAAUCAAUCCUAAAACAUUAAUAACAUUUUCCUCCAGAACUAAAAGAAAUAAACACAAACAACAAAUACAAAUUUUAAGGAAAACAUCUAAAACUGAAAAUUGGAUUAUAAAUAGGUGUACAAAUACUUGGAAUUCUCUCCCAGAAAACAUAAUUAACUCGAAAACUCCAAAACAAUUUUGGAUAUUACUUAAAAAUCACUUAUUAAAAGCCAAGGAAAUAAAUAAUACAUUUAUAUACUACUAA